AUGCCUACCCCUUUCCCCAUCAGUCCGUCGGUACUUCCCACCCUGCGGACCCGCAAAGCUCUUCUCGUCUUUGACGUCCAGAAUGACUUCGUUUCCCCCGACGGAGCACUACCCGUGAGCGGCCCCGAGGGGUUGCUUUCUCGCAUCCUUGCCUUUUCCAAAGCCUUUCGAGAGUCUGGCGCCGGCGACGUCAUCUGGGUGCGAAGCGAGUUUGAGGAGCAUCGUCCGCUAUCCGUCGAGAGCGACCGGAUCAUUACGUCCCACGUCCCGGUGGUGCAGCGGCCGAGUCGGGGACGUCAGCAAGUAUCGAUGGAGCAGGAUAGCGAGGCCGCCGAGGCCGACCACGAGGCAUUUCUUAGUCUCGCCGCUGACGGGGGCGAGAAGCCGGCGUGCGUCCGGGCAGGCACCCGUGGCGCUGAGCUGGCCCCCAGCAUCCAAGCAGCGGCCGAGGCGGGCGGCGAUGUCAUCUUCACCAAGACGUAUUAUAGCGCUUUUGCCUCGGGCCAGCAGCAGCUCGUCCAGCUGCUUCGAGGUCGGUUUGUGACCGAGAUUUACGUGUGCGGGGUCCUGACCAACAUCAGCAUCUACGCCACGGCAUUUGAUGUGGGGAGACACGGCUACGGCAUGACGGUCGUCGAGGACUGCUGCGGCUUCCGAGACGAGAUGCGGCACAUGAACGCGUUGCGGCAGCUCAUGCAGCUGACGGGCAGCGAGGUGAUACCGGCCGAGGCGGCCUUGGAGCAGCUGGCGCCACCGCUGCCGCCCAAGAAGAAGAAGUCAGACACAUCACGGUCAUCGGCUGUUGGAAGACGAGAGAGGGGCAACGCGGGAGCGACUGGAGCGGCAGACGGGAGUGGUGCCAGCCAGGAAUCACCCAGGGUGAUGGCCUCCCUUCAGAUACACCCGCAGCGCCUGCCGAAGUACCGAAGUCAGAGUCCGCGAUUGAGCCCGCCGAGCCCGCCGCUGCACGGCAGUCGCAACGUCGGCGUCAGCAUGACAAAGGAGAGAGCGCGACAGCUUCACCGCCGAUUCAACCCGUGCAGCAGCACCAGCACCAGCACCAGCAGCAGCAGCAGCAGCAGCGGCGGCGGCGUAACAAAGAAGGGCACAGCUGCGAGUCUCAAAUGCGACACGCAGUCUAGAACCAGUUCUACUACGUCAAGGCGCGCCCUGCUCGUUGACGACAGCUCACCCUUGGAAGUCGAUCCCCAAUACCUAGCUCGGCCGUUGUCUCCCAAGGGCGAGGAGGACGAGAUAAGAGCCAAACGGCGGCUGAGAUCGCAGGGCUCGAACCAGAAUUCUCAGACAAUGUCACCCGGGACACAAACUCCCAAAGAAGUCGACAAGAAAUUGGCAUCAGACGCAGACACACCCGAGAGCAUACAGCCCCGAAACCCCGAAAAUACCGUAAUCGCCGACAGCCUCGACUCGAAAGUGACCUCAUCGACCACGACCACUAAAGUCACUAUUACAACCACAACCACUACCUCCACCACGUCCACCACCAUGGUUGACAAGGUUGAUGACGGGGAUAGGGACGAAAAUGCGCCCAAGAAUAUUACACAAACUUCGGGUGCACACACUGCCGACCGACUAGCCCCGGCCCCCACCGUGUCGGAGCCCUUGUGUGAAGGCGAUACUACCAUCAUCAGCCAUGUGCUGCCACCUGCUCUUGCCGACCAUGCCUUUGAAAGCCUGCUGGACGAAGUGAGCUGGGCCGGCAUGUCGCGGCUGGGCGGCGAGGUCCCGCGUCGUAUCGCUGUGCAAGGGGAGGUGGGCGAUGAGGGGAGCAUCCCCGUCUACCGCCACCCCGCUGACGAGUCGCCGCCGCUGUUGCCCUUCUCUCCGACCGUGCUGCAGAUCAAGGAGGCGGUCGAGAAGCACCUUGGCCAUCCGCUGAACCAUGUGCUGAUACAGCAUUACCGUACCGGCGGCGACUACAUCAGUGAGCACAGUGACAAGACGCUGGACGUGGUUCGCGACAGCUUCAUCGCCAACGUGAGCCUGGGAGCAGAGCGCACUAUGGUAUUCCGCACCAAGCGACCCGACAAAGACGUCUCCAAGAAGGACGAGUCGAAUGCACGAGACACGGAGGCGGUGCCAGACAAAGCCAAGCGCCCUGUCGAGCGCCACGUCGAGCGUGUGGCUCUCCCCCACAACAGCCUCUGCCGAAUGGGCCUGGCAACUAACAUGCGCUGGCUGCACGCCAUCCGCCAGGACAAGCGAUCGGAUCGCGAUAAGAGCCCUGCAGAGUUGGCGUACGGCGGCGCUCGCAUCAGUCUGACAUUUCGGCGCAUUGGCACGUUUCUGGACAGCUCCCAGUCGCGCAUCUGGGGCCAGGGCGCAACGAGCAAGACGAAAGCCGGCGCGGCAGCCGUAGUUAACGGCCAGACGCCCGAAGCCGUGCGGCUGCUGCAGGCCUUUGGCACCGAAAACCACAGCAGCGAGUUCGACUGGGGUGCACAGUAUGGCGAUGGCUUCAACGUGCUUCACCUCGGCUCUCCCAAGCGCUUCCUUGCUGGCUCCGCCGACGCGAUUGCCAACAUGCGUGUCUCUCUGGCGCUCGCUGAGCUCGGCAUCGGCGCUGCUAAGGGCAGCGUCGAGGGCGACGCGCGCUUUGAGGACAACGACCCGGCCCGUGCUGUCGUCGAGGGUCAUGACACGGUCCUCCGCUACCUCGACGCUGUUUAUGGCGCCGGCCGCCGCUACGACCAGCUCCCCGCCGCCGACGUGGCCAAGCGUUUCCGCCGCCUGCAGCAGGCCCUGGACCUGCUUCCCCGCUGGCGCGUGGUGCAGGCACAAGCUGCUGCUGCUGCUGCUGCGGCGGCGGCGGCCGACGAUGGCGGCGAGGACGCAGCGGUGGCCAAAGCCGAUGCGAAGAAGUCGAGCAGGCGCGAACUGCCUUCGCUCUCUGCGCUCCUCAAGAAGGAUCUAGCGGAGUGGGAGAAGUACGCCGCCGAGGCAGCCCCUGCCACCAGCGGCGACGGAACCACAGCAGCAGCAACAGCAGGGGCGACGGUGCUCUACAUCGCCGGGGGCUCUCAGGCGUCGCCCGCCGACUUUGCGCUCUGGCCCGUGCUGCACGACAUCGUGCGCGUUGCAGGCCGCGGCGACGUUGCCGUGCUGCGCGUCGCCGACGGCCACCUGGCGCGGUACUACACGGCGUUCAAGCCGCGCAGUGCCGUCGCCAAGGUGCUCGGCCCCGCUAGGUCGGCGACAUGA